AUGAGCAAAAGUUCACAAUCUUCUAAACAUUUGUCAGAAGUUCCACACAUUUUAGGAUUUCCGAGUUUACCGGAAGAAAUUAAAAACAAAUUUUAUGAGUUAUGUGAUCACAAAGCCGAUUCAAAAAAUCCAGAUCUGAUUGAAUUUCUCAAAAAGAUAAUUAUACCACCAAGUAGACAUAAAGUUUCUAAACACAUUUAUUUUGUCAAAACUCCGCAAGCAGAAGAAAUCGAUAACAUUUUAAAGAAGAGGAAUGGAUUUUUCGUGGAAGCAGGAGCGUUAGACGGAGAAUGUGCCUCAAACACCCUCUAUUUGGAAAUAGAAAAAGGUUGGACAGGGUUGUUAGUCGAACCUGACCCUUAUUAUUUCACUCAAAUAAUUGGCAAAAAUAGAAACAGCUGGGCCAUAAAUGCAUGUCUGAGUCCAUUCAACUACGCUUCUAAGCUUUACUUUAGAGGCAGUAACAAUCAAAUUGGAAGAGUACAGCUAAACAAAACAGAUGAAAAUUUAUUUGAAGUUCCUUGUUUUCCUCUACAGUCAUUACUUCUUGCUAUUGGAGUGAAAAAUGUUGAUUUUUUCAGUUUGGAUGUAGAAGGAGAUGAAGUACCAAUCUUAAAAUCACUUCCGUUUAAUGAAAUUGAUAUAAAAACAUUGGCUGUCGAAUAUAGGCAUGGUAAGCCUCAAGAAUAUCUCGAUGUAAUGGCGAAGAAAGGAUAUAACAUGACCAAACAACUGAAGGCUACCAUAAACGAACACCUCAUAUAUGUUGAUGAUUAUAUUUUUGUAAAACAAUGA